AAUAAAGGAUUUCCUGUGUCAACUGAUCUCUGCAUGAGGGAAAACAGAAACUGAAGAGAGAAAGUGAAGGAAAACAGCGAAGAAGAGUUCUUGGAGGACAGCAGUUUCGCGGAAUAACAAACUAGCUUUCCCAGUGGAUUAAAACCCACGAAAGAAAAUACUCGUUGUUUGUUUCGGAUGAUUUUUUAAGAGAGAAAAAUCUGAGACGAGAGAUGGGGACGCUCAGAGUGCCAGAAGUCGUUCCUUCUCCAACCCAAGACAGUGAGAGGCUCAGAAAAGCUUUUAAUGGGUGGGGAACAGACGGGAAGGCAGUGAUAUGGGUAUUGGGGCACAGAAAUGCAGCCCAGAGGAGGAAGAUCAGAGACACUUACCAGCAGCUUUACAACGAAUCCCUCGUCGAUCGUCUCCAGUCUGAACUUUCUGGGGAUUUCCGUAAGGCAGUGACAUUGUGGGCAUAUGACCCUCCAGAAAGGGAUGCUAAACUGGCUAAGGAUGCCUUGAAAACAAAGAAGAGCAUUAAACACCUACAAGUGAUAGUUGAAAUAGCAUGUGCAUCAUCUCCUAACCAUUUAAUGGCUGUAAGGCAGGCCUACUGUUGUCUCUUUGACUGCUCACUAGAAGAAGACAUCACAUCUAGCGUCUCGCAAUCCCUUGGAAAGCUUCUAGUAGGUCUAGUGAGCUCCUACAGGUAUGAUAGACAAAUGGUUGAUCAGAGCAUUGCGAACUCGGAAGCAACUAAGCUGCGUGAAGCAAUCGAAAUGAAAAAAUUAGACACUGAUCAUGUUAUAUGGAUACUUGGCACGAGGAAUUUCUUUCAGCUCAGAGCAACUUUUGAUUCCUACAAGCAAAAAUAUGGAAAUCCAAUAGAUCAGGAUAUCAAGAGUUGUGGGAAUGGCGAUUUGGAAUUUAUAUUGAUGGUGGUAGUUUGGUGCAUAGAAUCCCCAGAGAAACACUUUGCAGAGGUUGUUAAAACUUCUGUUCUUGGGCUUGGCACUGACGAGGAUUCAUUAACCAGAGCCAUUGUUACUCGAGCAGAGAUCGACAUGACAAAAAUUAAAGACGAGUAUAAUAACAUGAGCAAAACCAGCGUUGAUGAUGAUGUUAUUGGUGAUACAUCAGGAGACUACAAGGACUUCUUGCUCACCUUGCUUGGAUCAUCAUUCUAGUCAUCUUUGCUUAUGUUAAUUCAUAGAUUGGAUUGCUUCUAUUUUUAUUUGGUGUCUUUGGAAUAAAUUUGGAAUAAUAACCACAUUGUUUGCAA